AUGUUCAAUCCAUCAGUCGCAGAGGGCGGUCCAGCCACGGCGACGAGAUCUCGUCGUCGUCAGCGACCCAAGAGUACCGAUAGUCUUGUUCAGCAACCCAAGGCUAAGCGCCAACGCCUGCCUCUUACCGAACAAACUUUUACUAAUCCCGAGGCACAACCGGAAAUGGUCGAGGUCACCAAGGCCGACAAGGUCGCCACCUUGGACUCGAAACAGGAUUCUUCCUCGGAGAAUUUUCAUCACACUCCUCGCAAAGAGCCGAACGUGCGAGCGAAAAAGUCAAAACAUGGAGAUCGUGCCGCAAACAAGGGUGACGGAAGUCUCGUGCUCUCUCCCGAAACCUUCACAUUCACCUUGCCAUCCGCAUCAAAACCAAGCGAUCCUCUACCCGUAGGGUGUCUGGUCUCGCCGUCCGCAUCUUCGACAGAGCCGGGUCUCGUCAUUGUCAUGUCUGGAAGCGGCAAGGUGGUCUUUUGGGAAUCGAUAUCAAGCGCUGCAACUUUUGCCUUUAUCAAGAAAGACCGAUCUGGAGUUGAACACGUCAUCUCGGGCAUGUCCUCAGGCGAAAAGGUCGUCGCAGUAACCAAUGCUGAAUCCGCCGGCUUUGUCCUAACCUUUAAUACCGGGAGAUUGGCGUACAUGAGUCUUCGAGACAGCCACGGACGGCCCGCCAUCUCCGUGCAAUUCUUGCGAACGAACCUUUCGCCGACUUCAGGUGGCAUCUUUGGAAGCAUACGGCAUGCCUUUUCUCAUCUAUCACUUCGGGGCGACAUUGCCGCUGUCCGUGCCGACAGAUCUUCGCGCGUUGGGGAACGAAACAUCGUUGCGCUCACAAGCAAGGGCAAAAUCCAAGCCUGGAGGAUUCACCGAGGGGGCCAUAAUGAGCCAAUUGGAGAAGCAGACGUGCGAGAUCGACUGGUACACGCACUUCAGGAAAAUGACCCCUUCAGCAAAGAUUUCCCAGCCGACUCGUUCGAAGCCUUGGACUUUACCUAUGUGCCCAAGGGCCUCGACCCCAAAUAUCUGGAACUCAGCAGGCUGAGCGACGCAAUGGCAACUGAUAAUCCAUUAGUGCAGCAUCUUUUGGUAUUGGUGUGCCUUACUAAACGCAGUGUUUCGAGAUAUGCACUGCUGGAGGUCAUCAUGACUCCCAAGGAUUGCCAGGUGGGAAUGAUUCGCCCAAUUACUUCAUAUUCUACAGCCAUCACCGCUUCGGAUCCGAGUCAGAAUGUAAGACCUCGUGUGUACCUGCCUCGACCUGCUCUGGUAGCAUUUGCAGUGUUCGACCGUGCUGCAGUAAUUGCAUCUGUCGCCACGCCUCCCGAAUCUCCAGACUCACAGUUACGUUCGGAUAAUCACAUCUUGACACCUUCGUUUGAGGAUGUGGUAGACUUUCAGGUAGACAACAUUCAUGAAAUUGUUGGCUCCGGGUUUGAAGAACCGGCACCGUCGUCCAGCCAUGAAGAGAGCCGAUCUCUGCGCAACAAGAUCAAGAAUCCGGCUGUGGUGCUGAUGGUGCGCGGCGCAGGAGUUGUGCGCAUCGUGACGACGGAUGUGGAUAGGUUCGCUAGCGAACAGCCUCCGCAAGUGUCUGCUAAGAGCAAGAUAGAGCAGGCCGUUUUCUUCGGGUCUAAGAAAGGCAGUCCUCUAAUAUUUAACAAGCGACCGGACAUUAAGUUUACUAACGAGCAGAUUGGCGAGGCUGCUCUUCAAGUCAGCCACGAGAUUCUCAGCUCUACGACCACCUACAUAUCAACACUUCCGGCUUCCGUGGAGGACAAUCUUGUGGCCCGUUCCAACGCUCUACAAAGACUCAUGCAGUACCUCAACACUAUUGGCGCUGACCUCGAUCGCCAGACCCGGUGGAACCUUCUCUACAACGCAGAAAAGAUGCACGUUGCAGCCUUGCUUUGGAAGCUUCAUGAAGCCUUCACUGCCUCUAGAACUGCCGAAGACAAGAAGAGCAUUAUUGGCUUGAUUGUCGAAUUCAUCCAUCAAGAUCAAAAAAAUAACCCCAUUGCCAGUAUUGGAGAGGUCGACCGAGUGCGCCAUUGGUUUGUCAACGACAUUUUUAGGCUGGAGAUACUUGUCACCUUUGCAUACCAAGUUAUCAAAGUUCUCUACGCCGACAAGCUUCUGGAUGAUGUAAAGGUGAAUAUUCUCAUCAAUGAAGCUGUAGAGAUAAAUGUCACCGCACAGGCCGGAGCACACGAAUUCCGCAAAAGUCAUCUCUCCUUUUACGGCUUGGGCAAGGAACAGCUACGAAUGGGCAUCCUGCGGGAGGGCUACAAGAAUUUACCAGAACCUUGGACAGGAUGCACGCACGUAGCAAGUGGCAUUAAACGCCUGGUGGAGUUGUGUGAACAAUGGCUCAAGAAGCAUGAGCACCUGCGAGACGGACCAAGCGAGCCAAACAUGCCGGACCCGGUCAUUGUGCGCCAUAUUUUUGACGAGCUGCCAAUCUUGACAGAUGCUAUGCUUACAUCUGUUUUAGAGUGUGCAAGAUGGGGGAUGGCCAAUUCUACCGACAGAAGCACGGUUGAAGACUUUGCCAAGGCGUACGAUACCUAUCGAAAUGACAGGCCGAUCGCUCUUGCCCGAGCGGGUAAAUGGGAACAAGCUGCUACGAUCGCCGACAAGCACGGGUGCCUCAACGCCCUGGCCGUGAUUCUGCUUGAGCACAUCGAGGUUUUGGAAGCCAGUUUGGAAGACCCUUCACUAUCCAUUGCAGAGGUUCAGAGCCUGAAAAAUCUGAGAAAGGCCAAAACAACAGAGCUGGAGGACAACUUUGCUAGAUACGGAGAGCCUUUUGCCUUCCCCGUUUACCAAUAUUUGCUCAACAAACAUGGUGUUGAGUCGGUCCUGGAAUUCGAUCUAGAUACUCUUGGCUUCAAGACCAGAUUCCUCCGCAGCCGCCCAGAGCUUGCUCGAAUUUCCUGGAUCAACGACAUUCAACAGGAAAAGGAUGUGGAUCACGCUGCCAACACUUUGCUUGACCUGGCUCUCCAGAAUGAAGACCAAGUGUGGAGGAAGAAAAUUGAACUCAGUCUCGGCAAGCUCGCACUUUUGGCCGAGGCCGAGGCUGACUCUGAGGAGCAAGCUUCAUUCAAGGUCAAGUCCGAUGAUGCGCGCCGCGACGAACGCCUUCGCCAAGUGGACAAUGAGCUCAUCGUAAUACGGAUUCAAGACCAGCUGUACAACCAGAUCGCUCCAUGCACACGUACUGCCCUGGACAAAGCUGCUGCACUAACAUUUGCUGUCGACGGGCACAGCACCAAUAUUCCUCGACGGCAAAAGGCCCUCCUUCAGCUGUUUUCUGAUGGAAUGCAGAAACUGCUGGAUCAUCAGGCACUUAGCCCCAUGUAUCUCAUUGACAUGUUGACCCUCGUGUCUUUGAAGCCGGAGGCUAGGGAUGAGAUCGCCGAUCCGUUUUGGCUGGCUCUCAAAGUGGCUAAUAUCAGUUGCCGCUCUGAUGAAAUUAAACAGGCCAAGAGACUUAUUUGGAGAAGGUUGUUCAUCCGAGAUGACUGGGCCAAAAUUAACGAUACUCAACUAAAGGACGACCGCCAGGUUGUUGAGCGACUCGCCGAGACUGAACUUUUUGCCAUGCUGACGGACUGCAUUCGAUACCAGGACCCUCGAGAUCCCUUCCGUCCUAUGCCGCCCCAGGAAGCCCUCGGCGUCUUCACAGACCAACUAGACAGCCGCUUCCAGGGCUUUGCCGAGAAUGAGCAGUCCAAGCUUCUAGAUGCAAUGAACUGGGAGGACAAGCUUCUUAACCAGUACAUUGAAAAGAACCGCCUGGUAGAGUGGGUUCGAGCAACAUUCGAAGCUGCACAACUCGAGGUAGAAAAUACCGCCGAUGAAGCUACACGAACAGGAGCUUCUGCAGGCCACUCAUCUUUGAUGUACGGCAACAAUGACAAGAACGACAUGAUGGAUGCCACGCCCGCCUUGUUCAAUCAGUCUUAG